AUGGCGGACACCGAGGAGCCGCAGUUCAACACGCUCGCCGAGCGGAUCGCUGCUCUCAACAAGCAGAAGAACUUCAACGGCUCCGACGCCCCGCGAAAGAAGCCACCGCCUCCGGCUCCUCCUGUACGCACCACCAACGGCUCGACCCCGUCACAUCAUCAUGUGAACCCGACAGUGCCUCCGAGACCGAACCGAAACAACCCCCCGCCUCUGCCUCGGCGCGACACCCAGUCUUCGACCGCCUCGGGCGGCGAUGUGGCCACCCAACUCAACGGCAGUCGGCCUGUCCCCCCUCCGCUCCCUUCGCGAACCUCGUCGUCGACAUUGCCGUCUCCAGCGCAGCUCCCUCGCCGUGCCUCGACCCAGUCUGGCUUGUUGACCGCCCGGCGCAAUUCCGGCUCCUCUGAAAUAUCCCAGCACUCAACCAUAUCGUCCACAUCCAUCGGGCACGCCUCGUCUGCUUCGAGUUAUGGCUCCAAUGGCGGUGCAGGCCAACGCAAGCUGGCUCCGGUGUUCGACCCUGCCAGUUUACCUCCGCUGCCACCAACCAGGCGAGAGCUCGAGGCCAAGGCGAAGGAGGCUGCGGCCGCCGAGGCAGUGGAAAGGGACGCCCGGGCUAAAGAGUAUGCGGCCAAACAAGCAGCCAAAUCCAAGACACCACAACCGUCCGCGACGCCGCCCGUCCCUUCAAGACCAACUCUACCACCACGUUUGCCGUCGAGGCCUGCAAAGUCUCCGAACCCUCCCGUGCCGGUGCCAGUGACUAGAACGGAGCCGGAAGAAGACCCAAAGCCGCCCCCUCGCAAACUACCCCCUAUUCGGGGCUUCGGCAACGGGCAGUCGACGACGGAGCGCCCGCCUAUUCCGACUCGGCCAUCUGCGUCGGCCGAUGAUGCGCCACCACCAAUUCCUGUCUCGUCACGGCCGUCGGCAGCCCAGAUCGAUGCAGCCUCGUCCAGGACUGCGGAGCCACCAAAGCCGCUGAACGACUGUUGGGUGUGCCGUGACUGGAGCGGCCCGGACGGCGUCGCAGCCCAGUUUCCGCGACAGUCACUUCCACGGAACGAUCCCGUAGGACACCUGGCGCGUGGCCUGUGUGAGCCGUUCCCGUCGUACACUGAUAAGGCACGCGCCAUCUUUACUUGGUUCCACCACAACAUCUUCUACGAUACCGUGGCCUUCUUCGGCAAUAACGUGCGGCACAUGUCUGUCGAGGAGACAAUUUUCAGUGGCAAAGCUGUCUGCCAGGGAUACGCUGAGACGUACAAGGCGAUUGCCAACCGGGCAGGGCUUGAUUGUGUCGUCGUCGGCGGGCAUGGCAAGGGUUUUGGCCAUACGCCCCUCAAAAAGGGGGAGCGGCCGCCUCCGCCCAAGCCUGACGGCCAUGCGUGGAACGCCGUGCGGAUAGAUGGCGGAGGAUGGAAACUGUUGGACGCUUGCUGGGGUGCUGGCCAUAUUUGUGGCAACAACAAUCUCUACAAGCAGGAGUUCUCGCCGAAGGAAUUCACGAGCAGCAACGAGAGCUUUGGUCUGCGACAUUUCCCCAGCAAUCCAAGCUAUCAGUACCGAAGCGAUGGGCGCGCGGUCUCCUGGGAGGAAUACUUCCGAGGUCGGGUAGAUGGCGAGCCGCCCGUCUUUUAUACCAACGGUCAUCAAGAAGGCCUAUCGGAGGAGAGCGUGGAACCGAAAGAGGCAGACGUUUCCGUAUACAGCGGGCAGGUGGUUCGAUUCCAGUUCUCCAAGAUCUGCGAGCACUGGACGUCCGAGAAGGACGGCCUGGGGAAACCGCCUCUCUUGCUACUCAGCAUACAUGGCGUUGACGGACGUAAGGACGAAAUGGUGCCCAUCGAAACCAAUGGGUACUGGCAUUGGAUAGACGUCAAUGCCCGGGACUUGGGCGCGCCGGGCCAGUCUGUACAGGUCGCCAUGCUGACGAGCAUUGACGGGAAGGACGGCCGUGGAGUGACGGCGAAGGAGUUCCUGUCCAAGAAGGGCCGCGUAGGCAUGGCGUGGUCGUACAUCCUGAAGUGGAACCUGGUUUGA